ACCGCCUCGCUCCGCCCCUCCUCUCGAGGCCCCGCGAGUUUCCCGCGCAUGGAACGCGCCAUGGCGACGAUGGCCACCCCGGCGAAGAAGCAGCAGCAGAAGCAACAACAACAACAAGAUCACGAGGGAAAUGAACAUCAACAGCAGCAGCAGAAAAUCGAGAUGAAAUCGCUGCUGAGCCCGACUCGGGUGACGCGGCUGCAGGAGAAGGAGAGCUUGGUGGAGCUGAACGACAGGCUGGCCGCCUACAUCGAGCGCGUCCGCAGCCUUGAGGUGGACAAGGCGCGGCUGCUCGCCCGCGUCUCCAUGUGGGAGGAGGAGGAGGAAGAGCAGCGCCAGAAGAGCGAGCGGCAGCGGGAGGCGACGGGGGGACUCCGCGCCGCCUACGACGCCGAGCUGGCGGAGGUGAGGCGCGCCCUGGACGACGCCUUGGGAGCCAAGGCGGCCCUCGAGAUUCAGCUGCGCCUUGCGCAGGUCGAGAGGGACGAGGGCCGCAGCAGGUGCAGCAAGUAUGAACAAGAAUGGAAUGUUGCCUUAGGCCGUAUUAGGGACAUGGAAGUACAACUCUGUGCAAAGGAAGCUUCUUUGAGUACAGCAUCAGGGGAUAAGGAAUAUUUAGAAACUGAGGUUGAUGAUCUUAGAAAUCAGUUAAACAAGUUGGAGGGUGUGCUAGUGUCAUCCAAGCAACAGUUGGAGGAGGAGACCUUGGCUCGUGUGGAUUUGGAGAACCGCAUGCUGACUCUUCAAGAGGAGCUGGAAUUUACAAAACGCAUUCAUGAACAGGAGAUUCAUGAGUCACGCAGCAAGAGAGAGACCCAUGUGUUGGAGAUUGAUGGCGGUCAACAGCAGGCGUUUGAAUAUAAACUGUCAGAGGCGCUCACUGAGCUUAGGCAGCAACAUGAAGAGCAGGUACAGCUGUACCGUCAGGAACUGGAUCAAACCAUGCGUGCCAAGUUGGAGAAAUCCAUUUUGACCCCUGAAAAACAAAGCCUGGAUAUCAGUAUUCGCGAAGAUCUACGAGAGGCGACCAGCCGCGUUGGCACACUGUCUUCACAACUCUCUGCAGCCCAGCACGAUUUGGCAUUGCUGCAAGGCCGUGUGCGGGAGCUUGAGGAGACGCUGAGCCACGAGCGCGACCAAAGCAAACGUCGUCUGGAUGAGAGUGACCGUGAGUUGGCAGAGCUCCGGGAGGUCAUGGAUGAGCAGCUCAUCGAGUAUGAGCAGCUGCUUGACAUCAAGCUGGCCCUGGACAUGGAGAUUGCUGCCUAUCGCAAGCUUCUGGAGGGAGAGGAGUCCAGGUUGAAUCUAUCUCCUGAAAAGGGGGUCCAGAGCUCGGUGGUGCAGACGUCGACAUCUGCCAGCCAUAGCAUACGAACCAUGCCAGGGAAGAGAAAGCGAGUGCAGCUGGAGGGCUUCGUGGAUUCGAUGGCGCAAAGCCAACGAAGCGUGUCACAGCAUGCUUCGGCAAGCGGCAGCAUUGGCAUCAAAGAGGUCGACAUGGAGGGGAAGUCUGUGACGAUGGUUAACAACUCUGAAAAGGAUCAACCACUCGGAGGCUGGGUGCUGAAGAGGCAAAUUGAAGAUCAAGCUGAGAUUGCUUAUAAGUUUUCUUCUCGUUAUGUUCUUAAAGCGGGACAAACUGUGACGAUUUGGGCAGCCAAUGCUGGGGUCUCGCACAACCCACCAUCAGACCUACUUUGGAAAACGCAAAGUUCUUGGGGUACCGGAGACGACAUUCGAACCUCACUUCUUAACUCUGACGGAGAGGAAGUUGCUGUGCGGAAUGUGGUGCGAUCUAGUAAAGUGGCAGAUAAACCCGAUGAGGAAGUGAUGCAGUACACAAGAGAAGAGCCUCUUCAAUAUCAGGCAAAGAGGAGAAAAUGCUGCGUCAUUUGCUGAUUAAUGUUCCUUGCCAGGUUCCUUUCAAAAGAAGGUGGAAAGCACAUCCUCGAAAAGGUGUCUAAUCAUGUGAUAUGGUCGUCAGAGGCGUUAGUUAAAAAGCUGACCUCCAAUAUACACUGCCUUUGAAUUGUCUUUAAGGUCAAUUUUUUUUACUUAUCGCAUAUGUUGCUUUGCUUUUAAGUUUUCAAAAAGCCAUUAUUUGUAAACACUACCAAAGGUGAGAAAAGUACACUGAAUAUUACACUUAAUGUGGGUGCACAUUUUAUUACAGCACAGCAAUGUUUUGAAUGAUACAAAUUUUUGUUAUAGAUUUUUUUGCACAAAUAAUAACAUGAAUUGGAGUUUACAUGUCACUGGAAACACCACUUGGAGUGUUUGAUUUUGCUCUUGCAACAGAAGUAAAUCUGGGUUUUUUAUGCGUUAAUGGUCCCCUCUUUAAACAAGUGUUUAAAGCAGGCUGAGCCCAAUUUUUACAUUUUGCAUGUGAUUUGUACAAGCAAUUUCUUCAACUACCUGAGUUAGUUUUUUGUUAAAAAAGAAUGGACCACUAUAUGCCAUUGCCACUGAUAAAUUAAUGGGCAAUGUUUUAGACACUGAUAGCUCUUAGUGUUUACAUUUUCACAAAUGUAUCACCUUUUAAUGAAAAUGUAUUUCAAAGGUCUGGAUAUUGAUUACCAUAUAUAUGUCCUUCCUCCCUCGAUGAUACACAUUAAGGGAGGAAUGGCUUUUAAGACUUGCUGUUACUAUUGAGUGAAGGGAAUGGUGGAAAGGUUCAAAACGUGCAUUUUUUUUUACCAGUCUUUGCUAAUUAUAAAACACAUUGCGUAUCUCUACAUUGAGGAAAUGGCAAUGUCGGAGGGGCAUCUGGCUGUACACAACUACUGAGCCAUCACCAACCACAGCUGAACAAGCCUACUGGAGUUGCCUUGAGCACAAGUUUAGAUCUGGUGCUUUGUAAAAAAAGGUUGCUAUAUUCCUUUAUUUAGGUAUUGAGAAUGUGUUUCAAGCAUACCAAUGUGUGGUUUUGUUUUGUACUUUUGGAAAAGUCAAAACUAUGGGUGUUUUAAGCUUGGUGUUUUCUGGAAUAUUUUUCUUGCAGUAUUUUAAUGGCUUAAUAGUUUUUCAAGGUCAAAAAUAAGCAUGUAUCUGUGGUUCAUUCAUAAAGAACGCAUGCCAAAGGGAGCAAGAAAGUAUUGGGUGGACUUUGAGAGUUGUCAACUUUUCUAAAGCAUGUUUCUAAUAAACAUUUUUUGUAAUGGAA